AUGCGUCAGAGCAAUAAUCUGCCUUUCCAACAGCAUCUCGCACAUGACACUCUGUAUCGAACGGGUUCCUCUAUCCGCAACACAGACCUUUCUUUCCUUUUCCACGGCGAUGUUGCCCUACAUCACCUUAAUCGUUCCUUAUCCUCUCAUCUCGCUUUACACCCACAGGCAAUAACAAACCUUGCCAAUGCCGGCCUCACACAUCUGAAUGACAUUGCAUUUUUCUCCUCAGACAGUGAUAAUCACACGACUCUACGACUCCAACCUCACUCAAACGUCUCCUUCCAAAAUGCAACUACUCGUGCUCAAGAACGAUGGCCUCAAAUCUCUCUAUGGAUCCGGAAUAUAACGUUGAAGGAUCUCGUUGAUGGAUUCAUGGCAAUGGGUGACAUCAAUAAUUGUGUGGGGACAAGAUGGACAGAUGUCGAGAAUCGGACCUGCGUGCAGAGUGCUGACACGCACAACAACCUCCGUCGUGCGGCUGCGGGUGAGUACUCUGUACCGUUAUGGUUUCUUGUGUUGCCUCCACUUUUACGAAUGCAAAAUGCCCAUAACCUUAUCAAUGCCUACCACGCCGUCUCCAUUCAUCCACCACUUCCCUCAUACAUUCCUCCCGGCCUCUUUGACUCUGAUGCAUCUAUAAUUCUACCUGUGUCUGCCUUCAGAACUCCUCUCCACCAUGGCGAAGCAUAUGGACUGAUAGCGUUAACAAUACAUCAAUACAACCUACCACCUCCCCCUCUAAAUUUCCCUUCUUUCCCAACUCUGUACACUGACCACCUUAACUCAACCCAUAUCAUUUCAUCCGCCUUUCAUGUCCCUCAACUGCCCCACCAGUGGUCCUCCCUUCCUGGUCGUUCACUUUAUCGCUGGCUCCUCUAUCUCCUACAGCACUCUCCUCCUCCCCGCCAUCCUCCUACCAUUGUACACACUCCUGCUCAUACAAAUUCUUCAUCAAGGCCUUCUCAACUCAACGCAUCAACAGACUUCAUUGCUUCCCGUUCUCAAACCACACAAAGCCUACCACCUCCCGCGCCCUUACCUACCCUUUUUAUGGACCCAUACAUACUGUAUUCUCCAAAAGAUGGCUACAUCGAAACAAAGAUCUCUUCCUAUAUCCUGUCCGUACUAAUCUCCGUUUAA